AUGCCUCAACAACCUAUGUUAUUAUUUGAGAUAUUUGAUGUAUGGGGCAUUGACUUUAUGGGACCGUUUCCCAACUCCAGUGGGUAUCUGUAUAUUCUGUUAGCGGUUGACUACGUGUCAAAGUGGGUGGAAGCAAUACCUACCCGCCUUGACGACGCUAAUACCGUCAUCUCUUUUAUUAGAAACUACAUUGUAUGCCGUUAUGCGUCGCCACGAGCAAUCGUGAGCGACCAAGGAUCCCACUUUUGUAACAGGAAAGUAGAGGCACUGCUCAAGCGCUAUGGGGUAGUGCAUAAGGUUGCCACUGCUUAUCAUCCACAAACCAAUGGACAAGCGGAAGUGUCCAACCGGGAGAUUAAGAGAAUCUUGGAGAAAGUGGUCAAUCCACAAAGGAAGGAUUGGAGCCUCCGGUUAGGAGAUACACUAUGGGCGUAUAGAAUGGCCUACAAGAAUCCGUUAGGGAUAAGUCCCUUCCGGAUCGUCUAUGGUAAGGCAUGCCACCUUCCGGUGGAGAUUGAGCACAAAGCCUAUUGGGCAGUAAAGUGGUGCAACAUGGAUUUGACCCAAGCCGGAGUAGCCAGAAAAUUGCAGCUAGAGGAGCUCGAGUGUUUGAGGAACAAAGCGCUUCGUUUCAUGCCUGGCAAGCUCCGCUCUAGAUGGGAAGGACCUUUCAAGGUGAAGGAGAUAAAGCCCUAUGGAGUGGUGGAGUUGUUUGAUCCUAAAAGUGAAGCAACUUUCAAGGUGAAUGGACAUAGAGUGAAGAAGUACCAUGGCUACAAGCUCCCAAAAGAGCUAAAGGUGUUCCUAUUGGCGGAUGCACCUAGAGAAUGA